CCACUUUCAAUUCACACAUUCACUUAUUCUGAUCAUCAAAAUUCUCAAAUCAAGAAAUUGAAAUCAUCGUUUUUAUUUUUCAGAAAUCUGUGUUGAAAAAAUUGCAGUGAGCUAUGGUAAUGGAUAUCAUGUCUGCUCCAACAUUGUCAACUUCAUCACUGAAUCCGAAUGCUCCAUUGUUCGUACCAAGAGCUUACCAAGCUGUUGAGGAUUACUCAGAUGAAUGGUGGGAGCUCAUCCAAUCUUCACCCUGGUUCCGUGAUUACUGGCUCAAAGAAUGCUUCCAAGAUCCUUCUCAGUACUCUCCUUCUUCAGAUGAUCAUCUCUUCAAUAACAUCGAUGAAGCCGUCUUCGAUGCAUUCACCAAUCAAGAUGAGGAUGAUGUGGAAGAUCAGGAGGAAGAAGUGGAGAAGAAUUACUACAAGGAUCUGAUUUCGUUCGGAGUUCUGAAAUGGAGGAAAUCUCAAGGUCUUGCUGAGAAAAGCCCCAAGUAUGAGAAAGCUCCUAAGUUUGUUAAGAUGCAGGUUAACCCAAGGCCCAUCCAGCAACCUAGGUAGGUUAAUCAUCAUGAUCAAUUCAGGUCAUGGAGUCCAUCAUCCAUGGAUAUAGCCUCCUCAUCACUUUGUAGAUCUGGUUUCCCUUUUUGUAAAUGAAAAUCAUUAGAAGAAGGAAAAAAAAAUUGGAAUUUAGGAUUAGGAUUUAAUUUUAGUUUGUAUGGAAUGUGAAGAUGUUGUUCUUAGUAGUUCUUUUCUUUAAGUUUACAGUUUUAGUGACUGGUUUGAGUUGAGAAAAAUGUAGUUAACAAAAAAUUAGAUGAAAAUAUCAAUAAAAAGAAAAGGGAAACUCUUUUGUUUAGUAUUUAA